CAUUCUAUAGUUAAAAGACUACUUCUUUCAUAUAUUGACACUAUUACAUAAAGUGUCAUUUUGAUAUCUCUUAUUAUACUGUUAGCAAUGCAACUUACAUGAGAAAGCAUAUAUGCCAAAUAUGUUUCAUCUACAUCAAUAGACUUUUCUCUUAUGAAUUUUAUGUUUUAAACUACCAAAUUUGAAAUAUAUUUUUGUUUUUCUUGUUGUUCUUCAAUGCAUAUAAAGUUGUUUGUAACAGGAACACAAUUAAAUAUAAAUAAUGAUAAAGAAUUAGAACUAAUAAAAAUAUAAGUAGAAAGCAAGUGCACAUAGAUAAAAACACAAUAUGCAGACUUAAAGACUAAAGAAGUGUUAUUAAAACUUCAAAUUUGUCUUUGAGUUUCCUAGCAGCCAAAGUAACAAGGGUGACUAGAAGUAAAACAAUUCAAAUUUGAUAUUUUUAUAUGAGGAAAUGUUUGAGUUUAUUUUUUCAUAAUUUUUUCAAUUGUAAAACUCUACAUCAAACAUAGGAACAAAUAUUUCAAUUUGAUGUUAAUCAAGAAUAAAAUGCCAUUUUCCAUAUACCAUCAGUUUCAAUAUGACUUAAAAUCUGAUUUUUAUUCCACAAAUAAGCACUUUGGAAAUAUGAUUUGGGGGGUAAAAUAGCUUGAAACACGUGAACUUAUUUUUUUCUCAAGUAAAAUUCUGUGGUGUUGGAUGUAGUGUACAAUACUCACAAUUUCAGGCACAAGGUGUCGCUCUUUACUUGGAGGAAAUAGUUCAUUCAAGGGUUGGUCUGAGCAGCCAGGAACUCCGCAUUUAAAGACGCCAUCAUGCCGGAUGCUACCGUUAAAGGAUCCUUUGAAACUUCUCAAAAAUUCAGUAAGAUUUUUAACCCAAAACUGGAGUCUAUGGUACUGUAAAUGUAAAGAAUCUUAUUUGGGAAGUCAAUGUAUGCAAUGUUCGCGUCUGAAAGAAGGGGAUUGGACACUGGGCGACUGCUGCUGUCGCUUCUGCUCCUCGCAGCCUGGGAGGAGGGGAGCGGCCAGGUCUACUACUCCAUUCCCGAGGAGGCCAAACACGGCACCUUCGUGGGCCGCAUCGCCCAGGACCUGGGGCUGGAGCUGACGGAGCUGGUGCCGCGCCUGUUCCGGGUGGCGUCCAAAGGCCGCGGGGACCUUCUGGAGGUAAAUCUGCAGAAUGGCAUUUUGUUUGUGAAUUCUCGGAUCGACCGGGAGGAGCUGUGCGGGCGGAGCGCGGAGUGCAGCAUCCACCUGGAGGUGAUCGUGGACCGGCCGCUGCAGGUGUUCCAUGUGGAGGUGGAAGUAAAGGAUAUUAACGAUAAUCCACCGGUGUUCUCUCUCAGAGAACAAAAGCUGCUGAUUUCUGAAUCUAAGCAACCUGACUCUCAUUUUCCUCUAGAGGGAGCUUCUGAUGCGGAUAUUGGAGAGAAUGCUCAAUUGACCUACAGACUAAGUCAAAAUGAGCACUUUUCUUUAGAAUUACCAACAAAUAGUAAGCAGACUAAAAGGCUGUCACUUACAUUAAAGAAGUCUCUGGAUAGAGAGAAAAUUGCGGAACUUAAUUUACUAUUAACGGCUGCAGACGGCGGGAAACCGGAGCUCACUGGCACUGUUCAUCUCUUCGUCCGCGUCUUGGAUAUUAACGACAAUGAUCCGGAAUUUGAACAAUCAGAAUACAAGGUGAGAUUGAUGGAAAACGCAGCUAAAGAAACUCUUGUGAUAAAGUUAAACGCCACAGAUCAAGAUGAAGGAGUCAACGGGGAGGUGACAUACUCCUUGAUGUCGAUUAAGCCCAAUGGAAAACGUUUAUUUACACUACAUGAAAACAGUGGAGAAGUAAGGGUCAAUGGAACUUUAGACUAUGAAGAAAACAAGGUUUAUGAAAUUGAUGUACAGGCUACAGAUAAGGGGAAUCCCCCAAUGGCAGGUCACUGUACAGUCUGGGUCGAAAUCUUAGAUGCCAAUGAUAACGCCCCUGAAGUCACUGUGACUUCCCUGUCUCUUCCAGUGCGGGAGGACACUCAGCCAAGCACGGUCAUUGCGCUGAUCAGUGUAUCUGAUCGCGACUCUGGUGCCAACGGACAGGUGAUCUGUUCUCUAACGCCCAACGUCCCCUUCAAGAUCAUGUCCACGUUCAAGAACUAUUACUCACUAGUGCUGGACAGCGCCCUGGACCGCGAGAGCAUGUCUGUCUAUAAACUGGUGGUUAGAGCGCGGGACGGGGGCUCGCCUUCCCUGUCGGCCACAGCCAGCCUGUCCGUGGAGGUGGCCGACGUGAACGACAACGCGCCCGCGUUCGCGCACCCCGAGUACACGGUGUUCGUGAAGGAGAACAACCCGCCCGGCUGCCACAUCUUCACGGUGUCGGCGCGGGACGCGGACGCGCAGGAGAACGCGCUGGUGUCCUACUCGCUGGUGGAGCGGCGGGUGGGCGAGCGAGCGUUGUCGAGCUACGUGUCGGUGCACGCGGAGAGCGGCAAGGUGUACGCGCUGCAGCCGCUGGACCACGAGGAGCUGGAGCUGCUGCAGUUCCAGGUGAGCGCGCGCGACGCGGGCGUGCCGCCUCUGGGCAGCAACGUGACGCUGCAGGUGUUCGUGCUGGACGAGAACGACAACGCGCCCGCGCUGCUGCUGCCCGGGCCGGGCGGCGGGGCGGGCGCGCUGAGCCAGCUGGUGGCGCGGUCGGUGGGCGCGGGCCACGUGGUGGCGAAGGUGCGCGCGGUGGACGCAGACUCGGGCUACAACGCGUGGCUGUCGUACGAGCUGCAGCCGGUGGCGGGUGGCGCGCGCAGCCCGUUCCGCGUGGGGCUGUACACGGGCGAGAUCAGCACGACGCGCGCCCUGGACGAGGCGGACGCGCCACGCCAGCGCCUGCUGGUGCUGGUGAAGGACCACGGCGAGCCGGCGCUGACGGCCACGGCCACCGUGCUGCUGUCGCUGGAGGACAGCGGCCAGGCGCCCAAGGCCUCUUCGCGGGCGUCGACCGGCGCCGCUGGAGCGGAGACGGCGUUAGUGGAUGUGAACGUGUACCUGAUCAUCGCCAUCUGCGCAGUGUCCAGCCUGUUUGUGCUCACGCUGCUGCUGUACACGGCGCUGCGGUGCUCGGCGCCGCCCAGCGAGGGCGCGUGCGGGCCCGGGAAGCCCACGCUGGUGUACUCCAGCGCGGUGGGGAGCUGGUCUUACUCGCAGCAGAGGCGGCAGCGGGUGUGCUCUGGGGAGGGGCCGCCCAAGACAGACCUCAUGGCCUUCAGCCCCAGCCUUCCUCCCGGUCUGGAUAGAGAAGUCGGAGAGGAAAGGCAGGAGGCAGGAUCAAAUCAACCUGGGCAGCCCCGACAACCCAACCCUGACUGGCGUUACUCUGCCUCCCUGCGAGCAGGAAUGCACAGUUCUGUGCACCUGGAAGAGGCUGGCAUUCUACGAGCUGGUCCAGGAGGGCCUGAUCAGCAGUGGCCAACAGUAUCCAGUGCGACACCAGAACCAGAGGCAGGAGAGGUGUCCCCUCCAGUCGGUGCUGGUGUCAACAGCAACAGCUGGACCUUUAAAUACGGACCAGGCAACCCCAAACAAUCUGGUCCCGGUGAGUUGCCAGACAAAUUCAUUAUCCCAGGAUCUCCUGCAAUCAUCUCCAUCCGGCAGGAGCCUACUAACAGCCAAAUUGACAAAAGUGACUUCAUAACCUUCGGCAAAAAGGAGGAGACCAAGAAAAAGAAGAAAAAGAAGAAGGGUAACAAGACCCAGGAGAAAAAAGAGAAAGGGAACAGCACGACUGACAACAGUGACCAGUGAGGUCAUCUAAUGGAAACAAGCCACUUAGCCAGUUUUUGUAAUAAUGGCAAAUCUCUCCCAUGUAGCAACUCCCUACUCCUUUUUCCUAUCCACAUGAGCCCUUUCUUAUAGACCUCAGAAAUCUGCAGAAAGUUCCCUAUGUCUGUCUAGAUCACAUUUAACAAGUUUUGUCGUAAAAGCUUUACUAAGUCUGGUGUUAACUCUCUCUCUCCACUCUGGCUUGUUUUCAGAACCUAAAAAGCAGACCCAAGUCUCCUUUCUCCUCCGCCACAAAGGAGAGGCUUCCCAGCCCCGCCAGUGAGAGGUUGGACUCUCUGCCCUGUGCUCCGGGGAUCCUGUCUUGAUGACACUUUCAGGGCAGGCUGAAAGGUUUUGAGAUUGAGCAGCUUGAGUGUCUGUGGCCACUGGGUAUGUGUGGCCACCGGGGAAUAUGUUGGCUGGGAUGGGCCAGAUUAGACUAGGAGGGCUGGGAAACAAAGGCAAAUCAACAAUGGGAAAUGUGAAACGAAAAGGUACCAGACUUUCUAAAUCUUACAGCUGAAGAGGCAGUGGCCACCCUCUAGCAGACAAAACUCCCCCCAUUGACAAGGCUUUAGGAAUCCCUAAAUCUCUUGGCUGUGGUGUCAUUAUACCUAAAACCUGCAUUUUACCUACAAGCCAAUAGUUCAGUGUUUAACAGGGGGCCAACCAGGGCAACAGAAGCAGAUCUGAUGUGUUUCCUGCAUAUGUCCUUGUGCUCACUUUAUUAAAAAUUCUUUUGCACACAAUGUUAUGAAAAGGUCAGAUUCUUUUCCGACAACACAUAUGCAAAAGCAAAAGAAAACCCCAGCACCUCACUUUAUGCUGUUUGUUGAUAGAUUUAUUUAAAAAAGAGAAAAUCUAUAACUAUAAAUCUUUAAAGAGAAAUAUGAUGAAUUCAAUUCCCCUAAACUAUCCUCGAAAGAGAAUUCAGCCUACAGCCGUUUAAAUGAUCAUUGCUGCUACAGAAGUGCUUUAAGAGAAUUGCCUGAAACAUCUGUAUUAUACCGGCCACCUGCCAAUCACAGCUUUACUCUUUCAGGUCACUCUGGGGCUGCCUCUUGCAUGUAUUAAUUACUAAAUAAAAGGAUCUUUCGCUCUCUGUUUUCUAAGAAACAAUUAUGUGCACUUUGAAUACACAACCUUCUCUAACCAACUGUAUCAAGACCCAGAAAUUGAAGAAAAAUGUUGUUUUCUCAUACAUACAGUGAGCAGACUUUCCAAUCCUCUAAUUCUGUGAUUUGUCUUGGUGUGAUCGCCAACACCUUCUCUUUGGUUUAGUUUUCCUUUUCUAUAACACUCUGAAUUGCUAAUCUUGCUAACACCUAUGAUGUUACCUGAGCUCAAUCUCCCAUAUGUAUGCUGUAUGCUAUUAUAAGACUCCUGAUAUAUAUUUACUCUGUGCUUGUGUAUGUGAAUGUUACUGCAACUAUUACCUAGAGUGAACUUUAAGCUUUAUUGUUGAAUGUAAUUCCAUUAUAUUUCCUUUUGUACACCUGUGAAAAAGUGCAGUAGAGUUUUUUUAACCAUUGUUAAUCAACUUUUAUGUAUGAAAGACACAGUAAAAUUUCUUUCUUAAAUCAA